ACCUUGGAUGUAAUUAAAGCCAUUGAACGGAUAAAGGAUGAGCAAAAUUCCUGAUAAGCAGCAUCGAAAUCAGCAAAAAUCCUCUUUUCUGAUUCCUUAGUUUUCAUCAUCAAUUGUCAGCAGUCCCAUCAACAAGCCUUUACUUCGAGUCUUCACCCUCUUCCUAUUUUCCUUUUUUGUUGGUUCAGGUUUUUUUUAGUCUUUCUAACUCAGUGAGCCGCCAUGGCUACGACUCAGUCCCCUUCUCCUCCCAAUUCCAAUGACGAUAAGCCCCAAGCAGACUCAGCAGAGGUUGUACACGAAGCAAAUCAGGUUCAGCAAGAUGUUGGGGCAGAGGCUGCUAAACAUAGUGUUCCAGCAUCUGUGUUUGUGAACUCCGAACCAAUGAGAGAGGACCAGGUUUCGAAUGCUGUCAAAUUUCUUUCGCACCCCAAAGUUAGGGGUUCUCCUGUUAUCUAUAGAAGAUCAUUUCUUGAGAGGAAAGGCCUCACAAAGGAGGAGAUAGAUGAAGCUUUUCGGCGUGUGCCGGACCCUACUCCUAGUUCACAGCCGGCUAGUUUGAAUCAAGAUGGGCAAGAGAAGUCUUCGUCUAAUGUUCAAACUCAGGCCCCAAUUCAAACACCCCAGCCCGUGGCAGUUGCUCCUGCUGGUAUUGCAUCUUCGGUAACAGUUGCACGGAGGCAGUUUCAUUGGAACCAUGCUGUUUCUGCUGUAGGAUUAUUGGCAGCUUCAGGUUGUGGCACAGCUUUAUUAAUCAAGAAAGUUAUUAUCCCAAAGUUGAAGUUGUGGGUACGUAAAGUCGUGCUGGAAGAAGAAAAUGACUAUGCCAAGAAAAUUGAUGCAAAACCAAGUCUGGUAGAGGAGGCUGCAGCUGCAGCAAAAGCAGCAGCGGCUGCAGCUUCUGAUGUUGCAAAAGCGAGCCAGGAAAUGUUGAACUCCAAAAACGAAGAGAGGAGGCGAUUCGAGGAAUUUAUGAAUCUGAUGGAUGUGCAAAUGCAAGAGAUGAAGUCAAUGAGUAAUUCAAUAAGAAAAUUGGAAGGACAAGCUAAUAGCUCUGGCAGGGCAUUUUCUGAUCAUGAUGAUCAUAGAGUAUCGUCCUCAAGUACAAAGCAAUCCUAUGCAAACGGCAAGGUGGAUGUCAAUGUGCAGCCAGGGAGAUCCUCCACACCACCUGCAUCCGCGGAACCGCCUCACCCAAAGUCUUACAUGGAGAUUAUGGAAAUGAUCCAAAGAGGGGAGAAACCUUCAAAUAUCCGAGAAGUUAAUGACAUGCCUCCCAACCCUAACCAGCAACUGUCAAAUCCUCGCAUAGCACCAAGAACUAAGCCCUGGGAGGCCCAAAAUGGCUCCCGCCACCAGGUACUCCAGUCUCAGACAAGUGCUGAAGGCUUGAAUCAGAAUGGGCGAGACAAUGGGUUAAACUAUCUGCUGGAUGAUGAGAGCUCCACACCUUGGUGGCAACGGAAAAAUGUCAGAAUCACAGAGAUUGAAAAUGAAGAUGAAGUUAAGGCUACUGGACCUUUUGGUGUGAGAACCAAUGAACAACCACCACCACUCGUCCAACGUACAUGGGUUCCUCCCCAACCACCACCUGUGGCAAUGCUGGAAGCAGGUGAAGCCAUUUGGCGGCCAAAAUCAGCUCCCAAAGAAACAGCUACGCAAGAACAAUCAGCUGAUGAUCAAUCGGCAGCUCAUCCCUCAGAGGUAACUGAUGAGUUACAGAGGAUUACAAAGAUGUCAGAGUCAGCUGGUGCAGUGGAGAUGAAUGGAGGCUUUUCGACAGGGAGCUCCGCUGUUAAACAAGAACAGGAAAACAGCUAUGGUGAGAACUGAAGCUGGAUUCACUUUCCGGUGUAAGUGUGAUCUAAAAGUUAGCCCAAGUUAUUUGUGUCAGCAUCUAAACUAUGUAUGUCGACCUUUCUCAGUAUGACUAGUUCUUUAUAUACCCCAAUAAUUAUAAAUGCAUUUCCAGUUCCGUUAUGUGCAA